ACUGUCUUUACACACACAAACCCUAGUCAGAGCUCAGGGGGAAGAUCUUACGCCGCAGAAGCAGAAGCAGAAGCAGAAGCAGAAGCAGAAAAUGGAGGCUGCGAGAACUGUGAAAGAUGUCUCUCCUCACGAGUUCGUCAAGGCCUACGCCGCUCACCUCAAACGCUCCGGCAAGAUGGAGCUUCCUCACUGGACUGACAUUGUGAAGACUGCGAAAUUCAAGGAGCUUGCCCCAUAUGACCCUGAUUGGUACUACAUUAGAGCUGCUUCUAUGGCUAGGAAAAUCUACCUGAGAGGUGGUCUGGGUGUUGGUGCUUUUCAGAGGAUAUAUGGAGGAAGCCAGAGGAACGGGAGUCGCCCACCCCAUUUCUGCAAGAGCAGUGGAGCCAUUGCACGACACAUCCUCCAGCAACUGCAGAACAUGAACAUUGUUGACUUUGACUCCAAGGGUGGGAGGAAAAUCACGUCAAGCGGCCAGCGAGAUCUUGAUCAAGUUGCUGGAAGGAUUGCGGUGGUUGCACAAUGAGAGAGGAAAUCAGAGGUUAAAUCAAGUACUCGGGAAGGAUUCAUAAUGGUGGUUGUUUGGAUGAGAGUAGAUUUGUAGUGUUAAAUCAAAUUUUCCGCCCAAUUGCAUGGUGCCCUAUAAAGACAUUGCCCAUUUGGUUCGGUGUUCUUGUUCGCUUUUGAUUUUUUGGUUGUGUUGUUCCUGAAACCCUUUUUAUUAUUAUUAUAUAUUUUUUCUUUUGACAACUCUAUUUAUGGUAACUUGUUCAUCAAAACUUUUUGCUGGUAAUUCUAAAUGUAACCUUUUCUUCUCA